AUGUUUCCAGUUCGAGUAGUCAUAGAAAGUGUAAAAUCAGAGAAUUGUAUCACUUGUACAACUUCAGGAUCUCCACUGAUAGAUACUUAUGCAGUAAUAAGUACAAAUACUCCAUUAUCUCAAUUAACAGAUUCAAUUUUGUCGGCUUUAGGUUAUACAAAUCUAAUAAAUUCAUCAAGAGGUCUUGUACAAAUUUCAAAUUGGAAACCUUUAACAUUUGAGUCAAUUUGCGAUAACCCAGAAGAAAAGAUUGGUGAUUUAAUAAAAGAUUUUGCAAAUAAUGUAACAUUAAAAAUUAUUACUAAAAGAACUUCUGUUGACUUGGAUGUUGAAAGUUGUAUUAAAGAUGUAAAACAAAAAAUCUUAAAAUACUCUUUGGAUAAACAACCACAAAUCUUGAAUAGUAUCUCUAACUACCAAAUUAAGGAAGUUAUUUCACAAAUCUGUUCUGGUUCAGAUCCCACACUUUUAACUAAAGAACAAAUGCAAAAUCUUAUUGAGUGGGCUGAUGGUUUACAAAAUGUAUGCCCAGCUGAAGAAGAAAGAAAAUCAAAUGAUUCUCCUUUUCGUUUUCAUCAUCUUCAUGAAAUACCAAAAUUAGAAAGAUGGUUUAAAUGUGAUCCUAAUCCAAGUAAACAUAAAUUAAAUACUUAUCUUAAUGAACUUAAUAAUUCACAGUAUCGUCAAAAAGGACAUAAAAUAACACAAUCACAAUUAACAAAUUGGUUUACUACUAAACGUGCUACUCAAAGAACAAAACAAACAGCUGAAGUUAAUUUACAUAACUUUUUCCAAGGUUUUCAUGCACUUGCCGGUUUAACUAAUAUUGGAAUGAAUGAUUUUAAGAGUGAAGCAAAUACCUCAAAUCCAUUUUCAAAUCUUCUUUUAGAUAAUGAUAGAAUUGAUGGAGGUAGUGAUUCACCAACACCGGAAGAUGAUGGUAGCGAACAUAGUGCUUCAAACACGGGUAUAACAGAUAUUGAUCAAGCUAAAACAGAAAGUACUAGUCCAGAUAUUACUUUAGAUAUCAGUAAUAGUUUCAAUACUUCUUCUCCAAAACCAAGACCAUCACCUGGAUUUCAAUCAUUAUUGAAUCUUCAAGCUAGUGGAAAUUCAUUAAAUAAUCUUAAUCCAGCAACAGUGAGUAAUGUUAAUAAUAAUCAUACAACAACUAACAAUAACUCAAAUAGCCAAAAUACAACAGCUCGUUCCCGAUUAAUGUUUGAUCCAUUAUCUGAGUUACCUGUUUUAGAGAAAUGGUUUGAAGAAAAUCCUCACCCUGGUUGGUUACAGAUAGAACGUUACACAGAUUAUUUAAAUAAUGCUCCAUACAGAGCAAAUUAUCCUCCUGUUUCAACACAUAAUGUCAAAAUUUGGUUUAAAAAUAGGAGAGCUAAAUGUAAGAGAAUGCAAACUAAUGAUACUAAUAAUAGUCAUUCUACUCCAAAUAUUUUAAGUGAAAAUAAUAUCACAUCUAUUCUAUAUUCAUAG